AUGCCGGACGACAAUGACGACGAUUACUUCCUCCCAGUAGAAGCCCAACGACCCUUCGGUGCCGGCAUCCGCCGCAAACAAGUCCCUUUCGUUCGCUCCGAACACGAACUCAACACUACCUCUACCUCCCAGACUGCGCCAGCGGAACCUGCCUCUUCAGGCCCCAGUAUAGCGAACACAUAUCUAUCUAUUGUAUUACCAAAAGAAAAGCAGGCUUCGGAACCCGCUACGCCGAGGAUAUCAUGUGAAGAUGGACAUCGUGAUUCGGCCGUAGAGACCGUACAGUCGGCUCCGAGUUCGCCUUCUGCUGUUGUUGCGCCGCGAUGUGACGUUUGUGAUCUUCCGAUUGAUGGAGAGGGGCCUACGGUUGCGGGCGACCGGCCGCAUGAGGCGUCCUUGGCGCACCAGGUGUGUUUGGCACAUUCGCAUCCGCCGUCGCAUUUAGAUCGGACGAGGCGGGGGUUGAGAUAUUUGGCUGCUUAUGGGUGGGAUCCGGAUAGUAGAGUGGGAUUGGGGGUUGCGGGGCGGGAAGGGAUUCGGGAGCCAUUGAAGGGGAAAGUGAAGGCUGACACGGUUGGUUUAGGGGCUGGGGAUGAUGGGGAGGGAAAGGAGGUUGGGAAGGGGAGGGAGGUUGUGAGAUCGGCUAAGGUACAGAAGUUGAAUGCCAAGGAGGUCAGGCGAGGCCAUUUGGAGGCUAGGAAGAGGGGAGAAAGGUUGCGGGAGUUGUUUUAUACUAGUGAUGAGGUCUUGAAGUAUCUGGGGCAGUAG